GGAGGCAGACAUCACCAUGGUUUCCUCCGAGUUCCUUUUAACUUUAGUCGUCUUCUUUGGGAAAUUUAAGGUGAUACGUGCUAUCGGGGGCGGUAGGUAUUCCAAAGAGAUCAUUUAUCAACUAAACAACAACAUUCACUUAAUAGUUAAAGUAAGCAAAAUUAAUUACACAAUUUUUUUCCUUGGUCAGGAAGUGCUAUGUGUACCGAAAAAACCUUUUGGGGGAAUUGUAAUAAGGAUGACGUAUGUGUGUGCUAUAAUACAAAUUGGUAUAACACAACCAUCACUGCAAUUACUGAAGAAGAUACUGCAGUCCGAUCUUUCACGGAUAUUUGUACCUGUGACAAUAGUAAUCCAAUACAAGAGUGUACACACCCAACGCUAUACAACAGUAUGCAAAAUCUCGCUAAUGCAAACAAGAUGGACCAAACAGACACCCCUGGAUGCACAAAAUUAGUGGCAGUUGUUGAGAGUACAACACAACAACCAACAACAACGCAACAACCAACAACACAACAACCAACAACGACGCAACAACCAACAACGACGCAACAAACAACAACGACGCAACAAACAACAACGACGCAACAAACAACAACGACGACGCGCACAACGUUUGGGGUUUCAGUGGAACAGACAACCAUUCCAAUUGCCAUGUGUCCCUGCGAGUGUGAUUACUACGAUAAAAUCGAAUACUGGAGGAAUGAAACCAACCAGCUCGAACAAUAUAAUGAAUUAAGCCAGAAGUUGGUCCAUCUCCAGAAUCUUCUUAAAGUGAACAUUAAAAAUUUGUCAUCCACCAUAAACAAGAAGGUCAGCGCUAAUGAUGAUCGACCAUCUGCCAGGUUCACAGGUUACAUCGGCGCGGCCUUCCUGCUUAUAUUUAUCGGUGGAAUAAUCCUGGCCGAUCUCCCCUUAUUAAUCCGGCACAUUCGCUCUUUCUGUAGAGAUAUAAGAAAACUGUUAAAAAAUUAAUUUUAAUUCUGAACAUCAAAUUCUGCAAUUCAUAAUCGUAACAUUUUCAACUAUCACCAUUUAUCUUUAGUAAAGGACUUUAUUCGGAUUGUUAUUACAAAGCAUAAUGCUGUUAGUCAACUGAUUUAUCGGUCGGAAUGAUGAAAAUAACAGUGAUGUAUCUUGUAAUAUUGUAUAAUUAGAA